GGGCAGCAGCUGGUGGACUCCGCCGCGAACGCCCCCAUGAUCAACGUCGGCCUCGGUUUGAUUCAGGUCAAGGUGCACGGCGCGAACCUCUCGGCGAUGAAAUGUGCCGAGCCGUUUGAUCCUCAGACGGAGCAGGUCCAGUGGCCCGACUUCACCCUCUUCGGGAAAACGCAUCUACGUCCUGGAACUUACGCCGCGGUCAAGUGCGGGGGCGAAGACUUCCUGCGCACGCUCGACGCGGAGCCCGCUGCGUUGGGAGAAGCUUGUGGGCACGGGGGCCCGGCGGCAAUGAAGCCCGUGCUCUUCGCUGGCGAGGUGGAAGUGAACGGCAACAUGGAGCUGACGGCCUGGGCGAACGCAUCUGGCACAUAUCAGGUGCCAGCGAAGCUUUCGCGACAGAGCGGUCUUCCACCCAACUUGUUCUGGAAGUUCGUGGACAGGGAGCGCCUGCCACGCGUCCCCGACCAUGGCCACUUGAAGUUCCUGCGCGGCGGGGGCGCGCUGGAACCGCCCGCGACGGCGGCCGACGCGCGCCCUGUCGCAGGGGGAGCGCACGCGGGAGCAGACGAAUCAAUCGACCGACAGCUAUCGCAAAUGAUUGGCGACGGCCUGCGGAACGAGAGCCGUGCCGACGAGGGGCCGCCCGAGAAGCGCCAGAAGACCAAUUCCGACUUCGUCAAGAACUUGCCGUUCGCAUCGGGUUCAGGGUCGCCGAGAGGCGAUUCAUCUACGCUGGGAACGGCGCGGCCAGCCGAGGCCCCAGAGGUCCCAGCGGCGGCGGGGGCUGUCGCGAAGGACCCCACGACGACAGCGAUGGAGAUUAUGGAGCGGGUGGCGUCAGACUUUGACGACCUGCCGAAAGACAAGAAGAUCCUCGUCGGGUUGGUGCGCUACCUGAGCGAGGUCGAAGCCUUCGACAUCAAGGGCUGGGGCUUCAUCACGGCGCUGGAGGGCGUGUUCACGAAGAUCGGCGGCGCUGGCAUGGAUGACCACGACUGUCCUGAGUGGAAGUGGAGCGCCCUCCAGGGAAUCAUCGGCGAACUGCUGCGCCAGGACGCCGUGUCGCUCGCCACUCUCUGCAACGAGGCGAAGAAGCACUCGGACGCCCUCAAAAAGGCAACCGAGAAUAAAGGGUGGAAGGGCAACUGGGCCCUCAGGGCGGCGGACAUGAUGUGCGCGUUCAAGGCUGCCGUGGACAAAGGGGCCACGCGGACUCCCCUGACCAUGCUGUUCCUGAAGACGUGCGACACGCCGAAGCCGAGGUCCCAAGGCGUCACAUUCACCGGCUGUUACUUGGAUUCGAGCUGGGAAACAGCUGUUCCAAAGCCCGAGAACAAUUGCUACAUGCGGGUGCCUUAUCAAUUCUUCUGGUCGGAGGAAGACAUUGUGAAGGCGGGGAUCGACGUCGUCGAGUGGGACCAGCGGUUGACCGUGUUCCUGCAGGGCCUGUACUACAAGAACGAAGCCGUCUUCCAGUUGGAGCUGGCGUCGUUGAAACUGGCGUCCCUGCGGAUCAAUACGGCGAAAAUGAACUUCAAGAUUGGGCACGGAGGGGAUGGCAAGCACAUGGAAGCCACGUUGCAGAGGAACACCGUCGGGGAAGCGAAUGCCCACUACUUGGACUGCGGCGUCUUCUACGAUCGGUCCGAAUGGCGCAAGUCUGGCGGAGCAGCGUGGAACAGGUCUACCGUCCGCAUACAGGAGUGCGGCGCCAACGCCCGCCUGGUCUCUGACAUUUGGAAGCGGUUCAUCGUCGGGGAGGAGCUGUCAUGCCGCGUGAACUACGGGUUCACCGUGCAGAGGACGUUCGGCGAGUGCAAAAAGGAUCAGGAAUUUAAUUACGAGAAUACCCCAGUCCUGGAGGAGGCGGGGGGAACGCGGCAGAAACUGUGCGAGCAGCUGGAGCGGCGGAUCAUAUGCUCCCGCAUGGGGAAGGCCACAUUCGCACACAGCGACGACGACGUAUGCCACGAGAAGGGUCGCUUCAAGAAGAUCCCGCAGGACACAUUAAACGAGUUCUUGUCGCACCCAUGGGUCGCUGCGAGGUUUCUACACAAGUACCUGCGCCCAUUCGCGAGGAACUACACCCCCGACGAGUCGCUCGUGAUGCUGGACGAUAUCAAGUCGCUGAGCACGGAGAUGAACAGGGAUCUCGCGUGGCUGGCUUCCAGGCUCUCAGGGGGAGACGACCCGCCGCCCGAGGACGGCCAGUCGGCAGACGUGGCGGAGAGAGCCUUGAUUGCCGCGGCUCACGCGAACACGCCCGCGAAGGCCGUCGUGAAGGCGAACCUCAUCGAGACCUUGGAUUGCAUCCCUGGGACGCGCAAGCCAGGGAAGAAGGGCGCAUCAAAGCGGCAGAACAUUACAGCUGCCAUCGGGAAGUCGAAUCUGCGCCUCUUCGCGCAGGCCGACACCAACGUCUUGAGGAAGCUCAUGGUCAACUACGACAAGAUGGUGCGGGCGUGGGAGGCAUGCGGCGGCAGGGGCGCUCUUGGAGACUGGGACGAAUGGGGCAACCCGUUCGAACACAUCGACAAUACAUCGACGCUGGUUGCAGAUGGCCCCGUAGAGUGGUACGCGAUGAUCCUGGAGCACCUGAGCAGUCCCGCGACGGCCCUUGAUGGCGCGUCCAUCACCGCGAAGAUCAGAUGCGUUGAGAUGCCUUCCUUGGGCGCGUUGCAAGAGUACGCCAGCGACAGGGGAGAUCGGCGCCAGGCUGCGCUCGACGCGUACAUCCAGCGCUGCGCCGCCCACUACAACAGCGACGAGCGGUCGGUUAAAUUGCCGAUGGAUUACUACACAUCUGAUCCAUAUGGGCGCGGGUUAUGCCGAGGGGUCGGUGGCCAGAAGCUCACUCGCGAGGCACGGGUGGCCGCGCUCCCCGACUACAUCGAGCGCGCCGCUCCGCGUUGCCACCCGCGCUUGUUCAAGAAGGCAUUGCAGGCGCGCGGCUUGUGGAAUGGCGACAGGUCUCCCAUGAUCCGCAAGUUCUGCGUCGAUUACAAGAAGUUGCGGGAGGCUGUUGCCAUGCACCUCGAGAUCUCCGCUGACGAGUCCAAGCUGCCGUGGAUGUUGAAGCUCUCCAACGAGAUUGUGGACGGCGCUCACCUCCUGCUCGGUUGCGCCGAGUUCGCGGGAUACAACGUCUUGCACGCCGACCGCCCGAGUCCCAUCUUCAGCAGGAUCGCCGCCAUCGUCUCGCACAUGGAGAAUAAUGCGUUGAUGGUUAUGUUGGACAAGGUUCGGGGCGCGGGGAGCAUCCGCGAGGUUCUCAUAUUCUACGGCCUCAUCGCCAAAGUCGUGGAUUUCCGAGGCGGGGCGACGCUCGCGGCAGCCGUGGCCGAGGCGAGCGCCGCCGCUGGCGUGGAGCUCCAGAUCAAGACAUGGGGGCGCGGAGCCGAGCACGUGCGCUUCGCCAGGGCAGCGCCUCGCUGCCCGCAGACGGUGGUCGCGCGGAGGAGGCGCGGCGAUCGCGAGGUAGCCACUUGCGUCGUCUCGGUGGCUGAUUGGGCACAGCUGUCCCCCAAAACAGUGCUCGACGAAGAGAGCGCGACCAUGACGGUGAAGGAGUUCAACGAGUCCGGGUUGGACCAUUCACAGCGAGAUGCGGCCAAGAUCCCUCAGUUCACCAAGGAGUCUGCGAACAGCGUCUUCCGCCUCGACCACGCCGAGGGCACUGUCUACGGUGUCAUCGAGCCUCAAUCAGCGCCUGCGCCAGCGCAUUGCCACGGGGUCAGAAUCUUGGAGGGCGGUUGCGCGGCGCUCUGGGACCCGACGGCCCCUUCGGUGGAGAUGCACUUGCGCCUGGCCGAGCUAGAGGCGAUCGCGGAGGGCAGGGACUUGAAUUGGUUUUCCCUUAAGGCGGCGAGUGCGGACGCGGGCUUGCCGACAGACGGGGACGACGCCUACACGUUGCCAGCGGCGGGCGCUGAUGACUUGUUUCAGCCAGGGCCUGGUCUGCAACGCGCGGUGGACACAGAGGGCUCCUUCGAGACACAUCUGUGGAAGUGCGUUCACUGCAGCGCGCCGCUGCAGCACCGCACGGGGACGGCGUCUCGCUCCGACAUCUCGUGCACGCUGUACGACCUCCACUGCACCACGGAGGUCGCCGUGAAGCCCUGGAGAUGCACCAACAGAGCUUGCCAGCUCAGGUACGGCCCUAACUUCAUGUGGGUCAGCGGCGACAAGGUCAAUACGGCGACGUUGGCGGACUUCGAGCGUUCAGGCGUGGUCUUCGUUAGCAACCAGAGAGCGUUCACCAUGCGCUACUUGAGGUACCACGAAAAACUCAUGUUCCGUUCCUUCACCACCGCUCGCGGCAUCGACUGGGUCACCAAGGAAGUCCUUGCGAAUAGGGCGGAGGAAGGAUACGGCAAGGAGUUCGUCAGUAACUUCAGGAAGCUCCACCUCGACGCGCUGAUGUAUCUGAUCGCAGCGCAGGAGAUGGAGCCGAUCAAAGAGCACCGCGGAAUCGUCAUCGGCAAGGAGAUCACCGACGACACCUUCUCCAAGCUGGACAGCUACUACCACAGGAACGUGUUCCCCGCUCCGCGCCCGAAGGACAUCACAGUUCUCGCUGGGGGCGGGCACGAAAAAGUCCCCACGAAAUGCAAUGGGGAGGAGAGGCAGAAGCGCGCCGUGCGCAGGAGGCCAGCAGCGAUGAAGGGGCCAAUGAAAAGGGUUCGCAAGACCGCCAUCAAGAAGCACGCCCUCCGCGUGAAGCGCGCCGCGAAGAAGAAGUCGGUGGUUCUCAAGAGGCCGUCCGCCGCGCCAGUCCGCAGGAGGCCGUCUGUCGCUACACCAGGCAAGGAGCCGCCGGCCGCAGCGAUUCGGAAGAAGGCGCAGUACAAGAACAGCGACAAGGCAGUCCGCCACAUGCACCACAACCACGGCUGGUUCAUGGUCCUCACCCCCGAGGGGCGCAUCGCUGCCGCAGUCGAGCAGAAGAACCCCGAGGGCAACGGCGUGGCGGCAAAAGCCCUGGCUCGCGCGCUCAAGAAGCACCCCAACGUCAACGCGCUCGUGUACGACAGGUGCUGCUCCUUCUACGUAUCAGCCCAAAAGUUGCCUGCCUGCAAGGGCAUCAAGUACUGGUCCGUAGAUUGGAUGCACGCGAAGGGCCACGACAGCAGCUGCCCCUGCAACCCGUACCACAUCAUGCGGUUGGGCCGCCGCUUGAAGGGCAUCAACACGCAGAGGGUACGCGCGGCCGCUGAACGAGAUGACCCCACUCGCCACAAGCUGUGCGUGCUCUACUUCGCCAAGCUGCACAACAAGUACGUGGAGGACCAGAAGGCCGAUUAUCUGCCGCCGAUGGAGAGCCUCAAGACCACGCAGGGCAAGGGCGGGCAUUACGGUUGCACCUAG